AAGUCUUGUCUGGAAUGUGUAUGUAACAAGUUCCUCUCCAAUUGAUCCAAGACAUUCAAAGCUGGCCGCAAGUGAGGUCGAUCGGAGACGGGCAGUACAAUUCUGUACAUUACAAUACUGGCCAUGAUGAACGCAGAACGACGGGAGGAAGAACGGAUGCUGCUGGAACCGAGACUUGGUUCGCUGACGUUGGACGGAGAGACCGGCGAGAGACUGGACCAAUCGAUGGCGAUCUCGAUGGUCGACCAGCUCAAGCAGUUGCUUAUCAACUCACUCUCCUCCAAAGGUUCGGCCGAGAGCCGACUGGAAAUUUCCAACCAGGCUAAUCUCUUGAAACAAACAGCCACGAAACUCGAACGACAGAUCAAAGUUCUUACCGCCGGAGAUCUCAGUCUACUCGACCAAGAAGAAUUGAUUUCGAGCCUAGAAUCACGCAUCCAGAUCGAAAGAGAAAUACUCCAGUUUAUGAGCGAUACUUUACCGAGUAAAAAAGAGACAGCGACGACGACGAAACCAACACCGAGUGGGAAUGCUGCUACAGACACAUCAAGCUCCGAGCAGGUCCAGACGGACAACCUCCUAGAAACGUUCAACCGAACCAGUCAAAAGGAUGGAAAGCAAGAAGACACCGGCAUGGAAAUGUGAAAAGGAAGGUGUGGAGGGAUUAGCUGGGAACAUAGUUUUUUGGGGGGCGUGAUCUUCGAUCCACUGAUUUACACCCACGUCUUCUUCUUAUAGACCAUGUAACUAUCAUCAAGCAAGAACCGGAAAAGACAGGUAUUUAUUUCCAGAUCAUGCGGCCUUCUCCCAAGUUUAUUAGCAUUCAUUUCGUGUAGGAAUAUCUGCUUGAGCGAAAAAAAAAAGAAAAAGACAAGAUAUUUGUGUUUGCAGAUGGCAGUUCUAAUACUAAUGGUUUCAAAUGAGCACUACAGGGCCGUCCCAAAGGGCCAACAAAUACGCUAUUUGAGGGCCCUCAUGUUCAGGCCGUAACUGGGGAAGCCGACUCAGAAUAGAAUUUUUCUCCAGCUCACGUUGAAAGAGGUGAAUCAUUUACUUCAAAGGGAGAAAAUCUUGAAUAAUCACUAUCCCUAGAUCCCGUGCCCUGAACGCCUACGCCAAGCAAUCGGGCCUUGGAAGAUCCGG